AUGGAUUUCCUCAUUGAAAACGUCCAAAACCUACUCCAAGCCCCAGCAGUCUCCUACCUCCGCACCACAACUCAAGAGCAGGUAACAACGCACCUAUCCAACCUGCGCACAACCUACAUGCAACCAUACAUAAUAACACCCAUCUCAACCUUUCUUUCCUCGACAUCAGGCGUCGUAAUGCCAGAUCUGCUCUCCAUCUUCUUACUAGCCCUCAUCCUCAUUAUCACCCUGAAGGUCCUGGACUAUGCGCGCCGCGUGAUCAUGUUCUGGGUCUCGCUUGCUUUCAGACUUGUCUUUUGGGCUACACUGCUCAGUGUUGCGUGGUAUAUCUAUCGCGUUGGUUUGCAGGAUGCUGGAAGGGAUUUUGGCUGGGCUUGGGGUCUUGCCGAGGGGUUUGUGCAAGAUUUUCAAGCUAGGACUGCUGCUGCCGCUGCUCAUCGGGCUGGUGGUGUACCUGAGGUUGGAGCUGGGUCUGGGUCUGCUUGGGGAUCUGGAUCUGGUAAGGGCUACGCUCGUGGGAGGUAA